AUGGAGGUGACCAUCAAGACCCUGACCGGCAAAUCCUUCCCCCUCACCAUCAACCCCACCGACACCAUCGACGCCGUGCGCCGAAAGAUUGAAGCCAAAGAAGGCGUUCCCGUGGACCAUCAGAAGCUCACCUGCAGCGGCCGCGCUCUGGCCAUGUCCAACUUCCGCUCCUACGGCGAGCCGCUCGACGUCGAUCGGCCCCUGGCCGGCCUCCUCAAGCUCCAGCACGACGACGCCGACGGCUCCGCCACCGUCCAGCUCUACCUCCCACAGAUUGAAGUAGUGAAGAAGGGCAAGAGCACUUCGUGGCAGACGCGACGACUCAUUUCGCCCGGCAUGUUCGACCCCCACGUGGAGUACGACGCGGUGCGUACCAUCCCGGCCGAGUGGCGCGCAGUCGCGAUCACGAGCGAGACUACUGUGCGAUCGGUGAUGAGCGCGAUCGAGGCCGAGUACAGGGAGAAGUACCUGCCCAAGUCGCUCCUCACCGCCCAACAAGCCGCCGCGAGAGAGUACAGCUGCUCGGCGUGCACCUUCCUCAACCCGAUCGCCAGCGCCCGAUGCGAGAUGUGCAACACACCCGGCCCCGCUUCGGCCACCGAAGAGAGUGCGGGCGAACAUGAGCUCUCCAUGCAGGAGCAGCGCGGCCGCAGUGACGUGCCGGUCUUGGUCGACUUCCUCCGCCUCUAUACCCACAAGAAGGACACGAUGGACAUCAAGUGGCAACAACCCCCCACCUCGGAAGACAAGAAGAUCGUGUCGCUCGAGCCUCCGGUCUACUGGGAUGACGAGGGCGAGCGGCGGACCGUGGCCGACUACAGCUUCAUCACGACCGGCACCGUCAUCCACCUCGUCCUCGGCCUUCGUGGCGACUGA